AUGCCCACAGACACGUCGGAGAAGGCGCAGGCGAGUGCGCUGCCGACGGUCGAAGCGCUUGUCCACCGACGACAUGCGGAGAAGGAGCGGCAGGAGGCCCUCUCUCCGACACAGAGCCGUCCACAUGCACGUGGGCGGAGUCAAGAUAGUACCAUGUCCGUGUCUUUGGACCGCUCGUCGCGCGCAAGUGUGCCGCGUGGCGUCUCGAGUGUGAUUCAGCAGACACCCAAAGUGCUCGUCCUCGAUCUUGACGAGACGUUGAUCCAUUCUACCCUGAGCCCCACGCCUGGGUGGGGCCUAUUUCACGCACAGAACCAGGUCAGUGUACGGCUGACCAAUGGUCUUCUCAAUAUCCUUGGCCUGGGCUCCACGAUACCUCCGCAUGCGCGCUUGCAGCUGCGUACCAUUGAAGUGCGGAUUGACGGGCGGAGAGUCUGUUACCAAGUCUACAAACGGCCCUGGGUCGAUUAUUUCCUCCGCAAAGUAGCCGCUUGGUACCAAGUGGUGAUAUUUACGGCGUCCAUGAAAGAAUAUGCCGACCCUGUGAUCGACUGGCUCGACGGCGGGGAAGGGCUGAUUAGUGGGCGUCUUUUCCGCGAGUCGUGUACACUACGUAACGGAUCCUACCUGAAAAAUUUGGAAGUGGUCGAGCGGGAUUUGAGCCGUGUAUGCCUGGUCGAUAACUCGCCCAUGAGCUACAUGCUGCAAGAAGCGAAUGGCAUUCCUGUCGAAGGAUGGACACACGACCCCAACGACGAAGCAUUGCUCGACUUGCUUCCCAUGCUAGACGGGCUACGAUACGCCAGUGAUGUACGACAUAUUCUCGGACUCCGGGGCUUUUGA